AGAGAGAGAGAGAGAGAGAGAGAGAGAGAGAGAGAGAGAGAGAGAGAGAGAGAUGUCGGAAGUGUCCGCGGUGGUGAGGGAGUUGGUUGACGGGAAAGAGGUUGUCGUGCAGGAGACAUGGGUGGAACGGGGAGCGGAGCGCCAUCGGAACAUGGAUUGGGGCCCCACUGUCAUCAAAGACCACACGUGCGUUUACUACACGCUUGUCAAAGACUUCCUCGCGAUAAGGAUGGUGGUGGGGCUGGUAUACGAUCGGGAUGUCAGCCAUGUGGAGGUCAUGCUGUUCGUGAAGAAGCUGUCCAAUGUUGUCCCGGACACGGGGCUGGGGCCGAGCCCUGAUGUCGUCGGGGACAUCGUCCGCUACCUUGUCUCCGCCAUCGCCGAAGAACACAUGGCGACGAAUAGCAGCAACAUGUGCAAUGUGGCGCACUUGGAGCCUCCACUUCGGAAGAGAGGCUACCUGCAUGGGGCGGUCCAGAUUUGGUGCCCGAAGGAUGACCUCAGGGCUGCGCGUAACAUGUGGUAGACCGCCUUGGGCAGAUGGUGACGUGCACUUUGAAGGGACGUACAAUGUGGAGGACGUGUGGAGCUUCGCAAUGAUGACCAAA